AGCCCCUACUAUAAAUAGCACUACACUUUCCUUCAACUUUACUCACCACCUCUCCUCCUCCUCCUCAUUUCUCCCUUACCAAGUACAGAAAACGAAGACUUUUUACUUCUUCAAAAUGGCUUCAAAUUACAGUUCUGACACCCUAUUGUUCCUGUUGUGUUCAUUUUCUUUCUUUGGAGCUUCUAUGGCUGCGCUGGUUCAAGAACAACCCCUUGUUCUCAAAUACCACAACGGUGCUCUUCUUAAAGGUACUGUAACCGUUAAUCUUAUCUGGUAUGGCAAGUUUACACCUAUCCAACGCUCCAUAAUCGUUGAUUUUCUUCAAUCUCUAAGCUCCCCAAAAGCACCAAGUCCUUCUGCUGCUUCCUGGUGGAAAACAACUGAGAAAUACGAAACUGGGGCAUCCACUCUCAUAUUAGGGAAACAAAUCCUUGAUGAGAACUACUCUUUAGGGAAAUCACUGAAGAAUUCACAUAUUGUGUAUUUGGCCGCCAAGGGUGGGUACACGGGUAGGUCGGUGAACUUAGUGUUGACGGCGAAGGAUGUUUUUGUGGAAGGAUUUUGCAUGAGUAGAUGUGGGACCCAUGGGUCAUCCCGGGGUAAAAUCCGGUUCGCCUAUGCUUGGGUGGGCAACUCGGAAACUCAGUGUCCGGGUCAGUGUGCUUGGCCGUUUCAUCAGCCGAUUUACGGCCCACAAGCUCCGCCGUUGGUGGCGCCCAACGGCGACGUUGGCGUUGACGGGAUGAUCAUCAACGUGGCGACGGUUUUGGCGGGAACUAUAACGAACCCGUUUAACAAUGGGUAUUUUCAGGGCCCGGCUACGGCGCCGUUGGAGGCUGUUUCGGCUUGUACGGGGAUGUUUGGGUCGGGUUCGUACCCGGGUUAUCCGGGUCAAGUACUGGUUGAUAAGAGUACGGGUGCUAGCUAUAAUGCGCAUGGGGUUCAUGGGCGUAGGUUUUUACUCCCUGCUAUGUGGGACCCAACUAAAUCUGCAUGUUCGACACUCGUUUGAUAGAGGGGAACAAUCAGAAGGAGAUGGGCUGGGAUUGGGUGUGGACGAGUCUAUGUAUGUACAAACUACCGCAGGAAGAUGAGGGUGGUGGCUGCUUGUCGUUUUGUAUGACUGUAAAUUCCUUUGCUUUUAAGUUUUUAAAAAAUGUGUAAAAUGCAAUGCCUAUAGGAGGACUAUAAUAAAAUAAAGUUCUAUCCA